AGAGAAGCCAUGGCGCUAAUAACAAGCACCACGUCGGCAUUCUCCUGCGCCGUUCCUCGCCGGCAAACCAGCACCUCCGCCGCGGCCGCCGUGGCCACCUCAACCAGGUCAUGGCCAUCUUUCUCCUCCACCACUCUCAAUUCCCCUCCCCGUCUCGGCCCUCGCUUCUGGCCCUGGGAAAAGGUCAAGCUCGGACCUCUCUCGGUGUCGCCCAUGGGAUUUGGGACAUGGGCUUGGGGCAACCAGCUGCUUUGGGGGUACAGAGAGGAGAUGGACAGUGUUCUUCAAGAGACCUUCAAUUUGGCAAUCAGGAAUGGGAUCAAUCUCUUUGAUACUGCUGAUUCUUAUGGCACUGGGAGGUUGAAUGGCCAGAGCGAACGGCUUCUUGGGAAAUUCAUUCGUCAAGGACCGAAUAAAGUUCAGGACAAAAUUGUUAUUGCUACAAAGUUUGCUGCAUACCCCUGGCGCUUGACUGCUGGGCAGUUUGUGAAGGCCUGCGAGUCCUCAUUGGAUCGAUUGCAACUUGAGCAAAUUGGAAUUGGUCAGUUGCACUGGUCAACCGCAAAUUACGCUCCUUUGCAAGAAAAGGCUCUUUGGGACGGGCUAGUUGCUAUGUAUGAGAAGGGUUUGGUUCGUGCUGUUGGUGUUAGCAAUUAUGGCCCAAAGCAACUUAUUAAGAUUUACGAUUAUCUCAACUCUCGAGGUGUUCCACUAUGCUCAGCUCAGGUUCAAUUUUCUUUGUUGAGUAUGGGCCCGGAACAAAUGGAACUGAAGGCAAUAAGCAAUUCCUUAGGCAUUGGCCUAAUAUCAUACAGUCCUCUUGGAUUAGGAAUGCUGACCGGAAAAUAUUCAACUUCUAAUCUCCCUCGUGGACCACGGGGUUUGCUGUUCCGUCAGAUUCUUCCCGGUCUGAAUCCUUUACUAAAUUCACUCAGAGAGAUUGCACAGAGGAGAGGAAAAACUAUGUCACAAAUUGCGAUAAACUGGUGUAUCUGCAAGGGAACUAUUCCAAUACCUGGAGUAAAGACAGUUGAGCAAGCUGAGGAGAAUUUGGGUUCAUUAGGUUGGCGUCUUUCUUCCGAUGAAAUUUUCGAGCUGGAAACUGCAGCAGAGGAAUCUCCCAGAAAAAUGAUUCAGAACAUUUUCCAGACCAGAUGAGUUGAGAAAGUUUACUUUGGUUUUUACUUGCCUUUUACCAUGUAUGUUAUCCGUUUUCUGGUUAGGAUUUCAGUUAUUUGUCCACACUAAUCAAAUUUCAAGUUGUUUUUACCAUUUGCAAUCCAUUAGCCAUAAUGUUCCAUUUA